AUGCGAACACUGGUCGAGUACACGUCGGUGGCCGAUGCGAUCAUUGGCUUUCAGUCGCUCGAUCCCGGCUACGUCUUCAACUUGAUGACGUUGUACUGCUGGGCCGACUUUGAGAAGCGCUGGGAGGUCGCUCAUACGGCGGCACGUCAAGCGCGAUGCGGCGCUGUAAUGACCGAGAAUGGCGCCGUGUACCUCGAGCCGUACCUUCGCAACGUCAACUGGGACGUGUGGUAUCCGAUCUACGGUGCCAGUGUCGACGCUGCGGUCGCCGACGCGAUUACGAUUACGUCGGAAGGUCGUGACUGGUACAAGAGUCUCCAGAACGCGUAUCAGUCUCUGGCUGAAGAAGCAGCGUACUGGAAAUCGCACCAGAUUUCGCACUUUCGGCUGCAGUGGAGCAACGACAAUCAGUUUGGCGUGCAAGAGUCGAUCUCGGUCGUCAACAUGCUCGGAUGGCAACAAGAUCUGACGAUUCAGUCGGUCGCUUACGCCGCCCGAAGCUCCAAGUGGACAACGUUUACGCUCAACUGGGCAUUUUUCGACGACCUCUGGGGCUCGGCCGUCACCAACGCCAGCCUUGUGCGCAGAGCCAGCAACUUUAUGGGUGACGCGUCGAUGGAGAGGCUCCUCAACCUCUACCCGUUCACGCCCGCAAGCGUCAUCAUCCACAACACGCUCGGGCCCUUUCUCAACGUUGAUUUGAUGAUGGUGGCGCCACCUGCGCAGCUCGUCAAUGCGUACGUGGCCAUGGAAGCCGCGCUGGUCGAAGCACUUCAAACCGACCGACCGCUCUUAAACCUCUACGCGGCGUUGCCAGCACCACUGCUGGAUCCCGUGCCGCUCUCAUGGCAGAGAUCCAGCUACACCUUCUUUGGCGGCAGUCCGCUCUGCCCGUUUGGCUCUGGUGCAGCCUUUGUGCAGCCGUCCUUUACCUUUGACGAUACGUGCGGCAGUCAAGUGCCGAGCCGCUUCCUUGUGGAGCCUUUGCCGGCGCAGCUGCUCGCCUUGCAGUGCUGCCUCGGCUGGUGUGUGCAGCUCACUCGCGACCCAAACCUCAGUCAUUGCCAAUAAGCUGCUGACGAACGCUACGCUCUCUGGCCUACUGACGCCAACAGUCCAAGCUGCUGCUGAUGCCAUCCAGCAUCUCAACGUCGAGAUCAUCCAGUUUGCACGGACCCCGGGGGGGACUGAAACUGUCUUGCGCCAGCCGCUGCUGGGUGAUGACACGUGGUCGUUCAUGGGCUACGUGGCGCUGCACGAGUGGGUCAAUGGCUACCG